AAUGAAAUAUAGAUCAAUUGAAAUAUUCAUUAGGCUUUUGUUUAUAAUUCAAAAAGAUAAAGGAUAUAGUUUUACAGCUGUUGAUGGACAGUUUAAUCCUGAUUUUGCAUUUAGAUCAUGUGCUCAUACCCUCAACGUAGAUAAUCCAUGGCUUCUUAUUCAAUUUCCUAGAGCAUAUAUUGUUAGAACAAUAAGAGUUUUGAAUAGAGAUUCAUUACCAGAAAAACUACAAAAAUUGUCCAUAAGAACAAAACUGUCAAAAGAUAUUUCUUUGAUAGAUCUCAACACUUUUCAACUAUUUGGAUAUUAUGAUCAGUUUACAAUAGCUGGUGGCUCUAGAACAUUUCACUACAAAUACAGACCCCAUUAUGCAACAACAGUCAUCUUUGAUAUCAAUGCUGUUGAUGCAUGGUUAACAAUAUGUGAAAUUGAAAUUUGGAGUUUAAAAAAUCUUGCAAAAAAUAAAACAACUUCAAUAAGCAGUAUAUGGGGUAAUAGUGGUGGAGAGUAUGCUGUUGAUGGAAUGAGUAGUGGAAAGUAUAUUCAACAAAGUUCUUGUUCUCAUACAGAUGAUUUAGCUACUUUUCCAUGGUGGAAAGUUGAUUUGGCUGAUAAAAGUAGAAUUUUUGCAGUAUCAAUUAUUGGAAGAAUAUCUUAUCUUGAGAGAUUGAAUAAUUUAAUGAUAACAGUGUCUGAAAGAGAUGAUAUUCCAACUGAAUCAAUGGAUGGACUAUGCGGAGGCUAUGAUGGAAUUGUACCUCCAUUUACAACAGUGAGAUGUUCCAAUGUGACAACUGGUCGUUAUGUGACAGUUUGGCUGAGGACAAGUCCAACUUCUAAUAUACUUACUUUAUGUGAAGUUGAUGUAUUUGGUUAUUAUUUAAAUGAGAGUCUCACUUUCAUAACAAUUAUCCUGAACAAUACAAAGUAUGAAUAUGCCAAUAAUACAAUCACUAAAGACUGUAAUGGAAAUUUCAAAUCCAUCACAAAUAUAUCAAGCUAUGGAAUUCAAACAUUCAAAAUUCAAGUUCAAAGUGUGGCAAUAGAAAAAUUCUGUCUGAUUGGAAAGUUGAGUCUAAUGACAAAUUAUGAAAAACAUGGUAAAGAAUUUAUAAAUGAAUGUACAUUUCUUAAUUCAAACAAUGGAUAUUUUAAAGAGAGAGAUAUGUUUGAUACAUGCUCAUUUCAAUGCGCAUGCUCAGAUUUCCAUUGUCAGUCAUUUGCAGUUUUAGUGAAAGAAGACUUGGAAAAUCCUUUGAGAGAAAUAUUUACAUUUUUGUCAUUUCAAUUCUAA